UUGCCGUCGCCGAAGGAAAUGCCAAAUGGCGCCACUGUCGAUCACCAGUGGCUCCCUCAGUCUCUUUCCCUCGUCAUCGGAUUUUUUCAGUCCCUCUCCGUGUGUGUUUUGUGCUGAAAAUGAUUUAAAUCUAUCCGCAGUUCUUGCUAUAAAGUGGUCCCAGAGAGAGUGUGUGAUUCUGUUUGUCCCCAGACUGAAGUGACUGGACGAUGGUCUUCGCCGUGCAAUUGCGACUCAGUGAUCAACACGAAAUCAUGGCGCAAAUCUUCACAGGAUGUAUUUUACUUCCCCUUCUGUUGUCCUCCUCGUUGGCAUUCUCGAUCAACACAGACAAUGAGGUUGAUCCGGUGAGGACAAAUUUGGAACAAGACUGCACAGUCGGAAAUGCAACAUUUCUGCAUGGGGAAAUUUUCAAAGUGAACUGCAAGACUCAGUGUGUGUGCCAGAAUGGACGACACGCCUGCUCCUCACUCUGUCCCCAUGAGAGCAUCUCGCCACCCGGGAGUACGUCGGAGUGUCGCUCGCCCAGACUUGUUGAAGUUUCCGGCUAUUGCUGCAAGAUUUGGCUGUGCGAAAUGCCCAGCACGGAUGUGAAUGUCACCUGUGGGAAUUCCUCAACAACCCCAUGGACUCAGUGUUCGGAGGAGUGCGGCGUGGGUGUCUCAACGAGACAUGUGGAGACGCCAAUUGGAUGCCGGGAUCUCACUUCUGUUCGUUUGUGUGAGAAUCGCCAGUGUGUGAAGGAGGACAAGGUGGAGGAGGACGAUGAGGAGGUGCAUUCUGCCAAGAAAUUCCCUCUAAAUCUCUACAAACAUCGGAAGGGACAUGGAUGUCGAAAGAUGCAGAAAAUGGGACCGUCUAGGAUUCGAUUGGGGCCUUGUGUUUCGCGAAGACUCUAUCGUCCCAAAAUUUGUGGCCUCUGUCAGAAUUCCAACAUGAAUUGUGUGCCUUCGUUAUCUACAACUAUACAAGUAGAAUUUUUAUGUCCUCUCAACUCGGGAGAUCCCAUCAAUUUCAUCGAGACUGGAUACGAUCUGUGGGACAACAGUUGGCUGGAUCCAAUCGAUCAGGAGCUCCUUCACUCCCGGAAUAUCCAGAUGGAGAACAAAUUCAUUGGUGUUCAAUGGAUUCUCAAGUGUUCCUGUGGAUCAAGGUUUUCUCUGUUGAGAAAUAUCCUCCAAAAUGACUAUGACAGUAUGUAAUUUUGGAGAAACGGGUGCUUGAAGACGAUCACGAAACAUAUCUAAAAACUUGACAAGAUAAUUCUAUAGAAAAAAAAUCACUCUAGCGUUAAAGAAGAAAAAAAAAAGUGUGUAAAAUGUCUAAAUUGACCAAAAGUAAUCUCCUAUCUUUGGCAUAUCUUCGAAAUGAUUUUAUUUCAAUAUGUGAUCUUAUUUUAGGCUAAUGACUCGUAUUGAUUGCACAAUCUACCAACUACAACUAAAUUGCUAUACUCAACAUUUUAGGACAUAAGGGAAUUUGCAUAAAAUAUAUAGAGAAAAAAAGUAAGCAAGCAAGAGUAAUUGUUCACAUGAAACCACUGCAUACCUAGUGAAUAAUGGUUUCAAAAUUCUAUGUACAGAAAGAGAGGGAGAAAGAGAGAGAGAUGACGGCGAAAAAAAAGUAGAAAACAAGUUAGAGGAAGGAAGAAUUUAAUAUUUUUGCGGUUUUGUGCCUCACGAAUGCUUUUCGUCGACUGUUUAAGUAUUUCUGGCAUAAUUUACUCUCUCACCCACCCGGGUUAAAUCCUCUUUGGUGGAAUUUCAAAUGACUUUGCGACACAAUUUGCAAGUUUUGUGCACUCUCCAUGGACUCUAUUCAAUUAUUCAGUGAUAUAAAUAGGUUUGAUGUGAUGAUAGCUUUAAAUUGCUUUCUCAAAUUUGCCCAGGGGAAAAAAGGAAAGGUGGUGUAGUGUAAUUAUUUUCCCACGAUAAUUAGAAUGUUUGAAUGAAAGCAAUAUAUUGGAUCGCAAGAAGUGGGGUUAAUUUUUUUCCACGUAAUUUUUGGGCACCAAUUUUUAGCAGCAACAAUUCGAAGGAGGUGAAUUGAGGUGGUGGUGGAGGAGGAGGAGAAGAUGAUAAGCAAAUGAUACGUAUACACAGUGUCUCGUCACAUAUCUUUAGUGAGAAUAGAAGGAGAAGGAAAAAAUUUACACGUCCUAUUUGUGAGAUAAGUGUGGAGGAUUACGUGGAUUAUAGCCGAUAAGAUUGAUAAGGAAUGAUUGUAUAAAUUAUAUAGUUAACAGUAUACAAAUCUACACACAAGAAACACAUGCAAAAAUGCAAUUUUGAGCAUUGCCGGAUUCACGGUGAGCAGAAUUGAGGACAGAGUUUUGUGCUUCUGUUCAAUUUCUGUCUCAUUGAUGAUCUGAUCUACAUAAUAUAUAUAUGUAUGUAUGGCAAGAAAGCUCACAAAAUCACACAAAUUCUAAAACACUGAAAGUAGGCACUUGAUAAAAUGAAAUUGAGAUGGAAAUAAU